GUGUGAGCACCGGAAAUCAUGGAGCCGGGCAAGAUGGCGUCCCCCAAGAGCUCUCCGAAAGAUGCCCAAGUGAUGGCCCAAAUUCUGAAGGAUAUGGGGAUCACAGAGUACGAACCAAGGGUCAUCAACCAGAUGCUGGAGUUCGCCUUUCGCUACGUCACCACGAUUCUGGACGACGCCAAGAUUUACUCGAGCCACGCCAAGAAGCCUGCGGUGGAUGCGGACGACGUGCGGCUGGCCAUCCAGUGCAGGGCCGACCAGUCGUUCACGGCGCCGCCGCCCAGGGACUUUCUGUUAGAUAUCGCCCGGCAGAAGAACCAGACGCCGCUGCCGCUGAUCAAGCCCUACUCGGGCCCCCGGCUGCCCCCAGACCGCUACUGCUUAACCGCGCCCAACUACCGGCUGAAGUCCCUGCCCAAAAAGGUGGCGGCCCCGGCGGGCAGAAUCACGGUGCCGCGGCUCAGCGUGGGUGCGGUCAGCAGCAGGCCCGGCACCCCGACCCUGGGCGCGCCCUCGUCCGCGCCCGCCGUGGCCGUGGCCGCCGACGUCGCGACCCCGCUGUCGCUGGCCGGCCAGAGGUUCACGGUGCAGAUCCCGGCCUCGCAGAGCCCCGCAGUCAAGGCGGCGAUGCCCGCGGCGCCUGCCGUGCAGAACGUGCUGAUCAACCCCUCCCUCAUCGGGUCCAAGAACAUCCUCAUCACCACGAACGUGGUGUCUUCGUCGUCAUCUUCAUCGUCGUCGUCCUCGUCCUCGUCCUCGUCGUCGCAGAGCACCCCCGCCGAGUCCUCGAAUUCAUUGAAAAGGAAACACGAAGACGAUGACGACUAUAACAAUUUGUAAAGCACAAAAGCUGGUCCUGGUGUCUGCCAAAGGCUAAACAUUUCCAGUCCAUUCAACUAUCCUCAUACGACAUGGACUCAAGACCCUUCACCAUCAUGCUCUUUGGACAACAUCCUGCUUAUCAGUGUCCUUCCUAAACUCUGGUGUCAUGGCGAAACCCAGCUUCCAGCAGAAUUCUUGAUAUUACUGAUGUUUCCUGAGAGUGUUGUUUCCUUUGGGAAAAAAGCAUCCAAUUUCUUUUGCCUCCUUUCAUGCCCCACACAUUUUCUCAUUUGAAAAAACAAGCCUCCCUCUUCUCAGAAGUGGAUCACUGUCUGGCUGAGGCCAAAGUUAUGAGCACCAUCCAAAUGAACUUCUUCUGAUGCUCCUUUUCACAGGGAACCCCAUCAUGUUCUGGGUGCAGUGAAAUUAAUCAGAAACCUGAGCAAAAACCACAGCAGCCCAGUUUUGAGAGAGAUGCUUCAUGAUGAUACAGAGGUGACCCUUGGUUUUUAAGGCAGUGAAUAAACAUGCAAUCUGGCAGGUCCUUCCUAUCUGGGAAGGCUUUAAGUGUAUCCUCAGAAAUAAACGUUACCUGCUGUCUGAGGACCAGCCCAGCUAAGUGCAAAAGAGGACCAUCAUAAAAAUGUAAAAUGACUCUCUGCUCUGUGCAGCAGAGAUAACUUCCAUGGCGAUGGGGGCAGAAUGGCGGGAAAGGAACACUUAAGACUCGGUUCUUAGACUGUCUAGACAAUUUAACUGUCUUAAGUCUGCAGUCUCUGUUUACCUAUGAUAAUACUGGAGGAACCUGAAACACUCAGGUGCACAUUGUCAUU